GCAAAAACGAUCACGAUUCUACGACGGGCUGCUCUUUUGUCGACCAAAGUUAGAAGCAGCCAAAAGGGUAAGAGGGACUGCAGCAUUAGAGAGAACGGAGCUGCGAACCCUUCCAGACGGUACACAUCAGAAGCGAUUCCGAGUUUGUCCGCACUCGAGCUCCUGACCUUGUCCAUUGCAUUGUACUGUACCAUCGCAUCGUUCCCGUAUACCCCACCUACAAUCAAAUCUCGCAUUGAGAAUGGCGGCGAACACUCCAGACAAAGUAGAAGAGUUCACCAUCCUAACGCCAAAUGCUAUGCUUGGCUAUGGCUACGACUCAAAUCACUUUUGGUAUGGCAUAACCAAAUACAAGCCGGCUGCUAUCAUAGUCGACAGCGGAUCAACGGAUGGCGGUCCGUAUAAGCUUGGGAUGGGCAAGAUGACCUGCGGUCGUGGCUCAUACGUGCGAGACUUGGAACCGAUCCUCGCGGCUUGCUUCCACCACAAAGUGCGGGUCCUCAUUGGCUCCGCCGGUGGGGACGGGAGCAACAAGCAUGUCGCCGAGAUGCUUGAAUUGGUGAGGGAAAUUACUGAGCGCAACGGCUACUCCUUCAAGGUCGCCACGAUCCAGGCCGGCAUGGACCGUGAAUGGAUCAAGUCGAGAAUAUCACAGAACCGGGUUGGGCCAUGCGGGCCCGUGGAGCCGUUGGAGGCGAGCGUGGUUGAUGGAGCUGUGGAUGUUGUUGCUCAAAUGGGUGCAGAGCCAUACUUUGAGGCCCUCAAAGAUGACCCAGAUAUCAUCAUCGGCGGGAGGUCUUACGACCCGGCACCUUUUGCGGCUUUCUCUAUCGCCCGUGGGGUUCUGCCCGACGUGGCCUGGCAUAUGGGCAAAAUCAUGGAAUGUGGUGGUAUUUGUGCUGUGCCGAAGGGCCGGUCAAUGAUCGCCACAAUGCGGAAAGAUUCCUUCGAUCUCACGCCGCUGUCACCAGCAGAACGGUGCACUCCUUUGUCGGUAGCAGCACAUACGCUAUAUGAGAAGACGAGACCGGACCGUCUCCCAGGCCCUGGCGGUGUUCUAAACCUUAAAGACGCCAAGUAUGAGCAGGUAACUCCCAAGACCUGUCGCAUUGCGGGUGCCAAAUUCGAGAAGACUCCGUAUCAGGUGAAACUGGAGGGCGUCACCCACCUCGGGUACCGUACCAUAUUUAUCGGCGGCAUCCGGGACCCGAUCCUCAUCCACCAAAUCGAUGACUUUCUCGAAAGAGUGCGCGAGUAUUCACAGACACUGUUCCCGGAGCUUGAUAAAACAGAGCAGUGCCGUUUGCUGUACCACGUCUAUGGCAAGAAUGGGGUGAUGGGUCCACUGGAGCCGUCUCAGGCAUCCCCCCACGAGAUAGCUGUCCUUGGAGAGGUUAUCGCCCCAUCAUCGGAGCUCUCCCAUACUAUUGCUAAUAACGUGCGGGCUUCUAUCCUGCAUUUUGCCUACCCCGAUCAAGUUGCAACGACGGGCAACUUUGCCAGCCCCCUUUCACCCCACGAACAGGACGCUGGAGCGGUAUUCAAGUUCAGCAUAUAUCACCUGGUCGACUUGGAAAAAGGCGAAGAGCUCUCCACCUUCCCAAUCCAUACAUACAAUAUUGGUCACGGAUCUUCGAAGGCAGCACAGGUUCCGUUGCCACCGGCUUUUGACGAAGCAUACAAGGCAAUCGAGAACGGAGAGCUGACACCGCUAAGCACGAAGACUGUGCCACCGGGAGAGGCUCCACUAAACCAAGUCGCUCGUAUCAUACGGUCAAAGAAUUCAGGACCAUUCGAGUUGACUUUUGAUGUCAUGUUCGAUGACGAGGCUGUGUACAAGCGCGUCAAGGGAGCUGACAUCUUCACAAAUGAGACCAUCAAGAGUCUCUACCGUGUGACCGACGACGACAUAUUAACUAAUAUGUACUUCGACCCAGCGCUAGCAUGGAAAUGCACCAUCAAGAGGCCAUGGGCCCAGGGAAGUGUCGGCGAGCGUGACACCCUCGGCACUCAGCAACAUGCACCCCUAUUGGGGAUCCGUGUUCCGGCAGCGAAACCCGAGACGAAUGUCAUUCACAACGACCAGAAUAAACUGUCGCAUGUGUCCAAUUGGGCUCCCAAGUCCAUAUCUCGCGAAUCCUCUUCAGCCCAGGAUAUUGUGACUGAGAUCUGGGACGGACUUGGCUUGCCAGCCGAGGCUUUGAAUGCCAUUUCGCUCGCAAGACACCACAAACCGAUGCUGCCAUCAUCCUUCAAGAUUGGCCAUCUUGCCCAAAGCUCGAUUGCAUUGGUUGCUCUUGCAGCUGCCCAGAUCCAUGCCCUGCGCAAUGGAGUUUCCACGUUGCCUAAGGUGGAUGUCCCGUUGGAACAUGCAACUAUCGAAUUCAAGUCAGAGAGGUUCUACACCUUUGAUGGCAAGCCAGCCCCCUCUCCAUGGGGUUCCAUCGCAGGUCUACACGAGACAUCGGACGGCCACGUUCGCGUGCACGAUUCAUUUCCUAAUCACGCAAACGGAAUCCGUGAGCUGGCCGGACUCCCCGUCGGAUCGACAAGGGAGCAGCUGUCAAAGAGGCUCGCUGAGUGGUCAGCAGUUGACCUAGAGACCACAGCCACGGUCGAGGGCAAGCUUGCCGUAUAUGCCUUACGGUCAUACAGCCAGUGGGACAAGCUUGCCCAGUCCAAGGCUAUCAGCAGCUUCCCCAUCGACGUCAACCAGAUUUCCUCCGUUGGGCCCAAGGGUCUACCUCCGCGGCUAACAGGCGGCAACAGUAAGGCGCUCCAAGGCCUCCGUGUUGUGGAGAUGAGCCGAGUCAUUGCCGCCCCCCUGUGCGGUAAGACCCUCGCUGCCUACGGCGCGGAAGUAAUAUGGGUGACGUCCCCCAACCUACCAGAUCUACCUACGAUAGAUCGCGAAUUUGGUCGCGGAAAAUACACCGUGCAACUAGACAUCCACACUCCCAAAGAUAAGGCGCGUCUACUCGAGCUACUCAGAACGGCCGACAUCUUCGUCCAGGGAUUCCGCCCAGGCAGCCUCGCCGCGUACGGCCUGGGGCCCGACGACCUGCUAAAGCUCAACCCGUCCCUGAUCAUCGCCAACAUGUCGGCGUUCGGGCCCCGCGGCCCGUGGGCAGGCCGCCGCGGCUUCGACUCCCUCGUGCAGACGUGCUCCGGGAUGAACGUCUCCGAGGCAGACCACGCGGGCAAGGGCGAGGUCGCGCGGUCGACGCCGUGCCAGGCGCUUGACCAUGCUGGUGGCUACUGGUUGGCCACUGGGGUUUUGGCCGCUCUGUACAAGCGAGCGGCGGACGGUGGUGCGUGGAGGGUCGACGUCUCACUUGCUGGGGUGAUGAAGUACCUGCGGAGUCUUGGGCAGUACCCCGGUGCGAGUGGCUUCGACGGGGUCAGGGACUACAACAAGCCGGGAGACGUCCCUGAGGAGUUCUUUGAGACGAGAGAGACUGGGUUCGGCGUUAUGAAGGCAAUCAAGCACAGUGCACGAAUUGAGGGCGUCGAGGUCGGCUGGGAUGUCAUGCCCAAGCCGUUGGGGUCCGAUACGCCGGAGUGGCGAUGAGGGCUUAAUCGUUU